UACAGUCAACUUACACGUACAUGUUUUUCUCAAAAGGUUUCAAGUCUUUGUAUUCUCGAUGGUUCUGGAUAGAGCCAAUGUGCGUCGUUUGACCAAGAGCCAGCCCGGCCCUCACGCUGUUGUGUGGCUGGGACGAAGAGAGUUUCGCUGCUCUCAUCACCUCCAUCGUGUGGCCCGGCAGGAUUUGCCUGCUGCACUUCCACACGAUAGAGUAUCAGAUAACCCUCCUCUUUGUUAUUUGUUGUCUGUUACCUAUCGUACUAGCUAGUAUACUACCCCUGAAGAACAAGCCGAAGAGACAGUAGGCUUUGUGUGUGUGAGACUUGACUCUCCUUGCAUCCACAAUGAGCAGAAAAGGCCAGAGAAUUGGAUCCGACAACAAGUCGACAAUGGCCUCCAACGGCAGGGCAUCGGCCCCCCCUGCCAACGCGUGGUCCCAGCCACUUCGUCCCAAACCGAAUGCUGCCCAGGGACCACCACCUGGAAUGGGAGGCAAAAGCCGUAGCCCCAAUUCUUCCAGCUUGACUGGGAAUGGCAACAGUGCCAGUUACGGCGUCCAAAAUGCUCUGCGCGAACGCUUUAUUGGACUCACACUGAACAUGGUCGGUCAAAAAGUCACUGUAACGCAAACAAAUGGUGCCGUCUUUGAAGGCAUUUUCCAUACGUUCACCCCCUUCAACAGUUUGCCCAUGGAAACCAGAAACAAGUUUGUCAUCAAAGCCUGCCGUGUGGUCAAACCUCCAACAGACACUUCUGCCGCUGCCGAUGAACCACAGGUGGCUGAUCAGUCUACUGUCAUUAUAUCAUUAGACAAAGUAGCCUGUGUCCAGGCAAAGAGCAUGAGGAUAGACUCGUUGGCACCCACUGCCAGUAACAGCAACGGGGCUUCCAAGCAACCAAAGGGUCCCGCCGAUCCGUUCCGAACAGACGGUGAAAUCUCGGCUGGCAAAGGAGGACGUAACAGAGACCUAGUGGCUGCUGGUAGUGCUUGGACGACGGCUUCUGGGACUACUGGCGGUAAUUCUCGUGCUGAUGCUCUCAUUGGAGCCUUGGAGGGUGGGUCCAAAGACAAGGGACCCCGUGGGCGAAAGCCAUUCAACGCCACUGCCGCUACCGGAUCGGCCGGUGGUGGUCUUGCCGGGUCCAUUGGUGGAUGGGAUCAGUUCGAAGCGAACGAGAAACUAUUCAAUGUCAACGCUACCUUUGACGAGAAUUUGUACACCACUGAGCUGGAUAAAACACAAAUCGACAAUAGGAAAAUUGCCGAGGCAGAAAGAUUGGCGCGUGAGAUUGAAAAUACGACCAGUUCCAACAUGCAUGUGGCGGAAGAACGUGGUCACGUUGUGCAGGUUGACUUUGACGAAGAGGAUCGCUACUCGGGAGUCUUAAAAGAAUCCGCCGUCACUGCGACACCGCAGCCGUCUGCAUCAAGUGGAAAGCCAAAGGCUCCACUGGAUGCGAAAGGAAAGGCAGACGAUAACAACAAGCCUUCUGCUCCGGCUCCGCCGAAAAAGAUGAUGAAUUACGCAGCUGCGGCCGCAAAGGCAGAUACCAACAAGACCGCAGGACCACCAGGGUUCACAUCCAAAGCCAAGCAGACGAAACCCCCUGCCGCUCCGGCUCCAGCUCCUGCCCCCGAGGAAAAGCCACAACAACAACCGACGCCGCCAUCACCAGAACCAACUGCAGCCGACAAAGAAUCUGCCAAUGGCGCAGCUCCAAGCGAGCCAGAACCACAACCGGAACCAAAGAAAACACCGGCACCUGAACCUGUAAAGGACGACAAACCCGAGCCGCCACCUGUGGAAGCCGACAAACCCAAGCCUACGGUGGUGGAGGAGAAAGAAGAGACCCCUCCUGCAAAACCAGUGGAAGAAAAGGAAACUCCCGCACCGGAUGUUGUCGAAAAGGAAGCCGUCGACGAGACUGCUGCUGUUGCUGAAACCAACCCACCAAAGCCGACCGAGGACAAUGCCGAGAAACCCGCUGAGAAGAGAUCGUCCAAAUUGAACGCCAACGCAAAGGUAUUCUCAUUGAAUGCGGCUGCCAAAUCCUUCACACCAGGGGCCCCAUCUCCUGCUCCUGCUGCUCCGGAUGGCCAAUUUGUAGAUCCAAACGCUCCGAUGCACGUCGGUCAAGUCCCUGGACACAUGCCGGGACAUCAUUAUAUGCAUGCAGGACCCAUGGGUCACCAACCAGGAAUGAUGCCGAUGAUGAACCCUCAAUUCCCUGGUGUGCGGUACCCAGGAUAUGGAAUGGACCAGCAACACAUGCCGCAAAUGCAACCACAACCUCAGCACAUUGCUGCCAAUCCCGCCCAAGGAAGUAGUGCGCCUUCCCCUGGACCCACCUCUGGAGAAGAAGAGGGAGGACAGGCUGCAUCUCAACCGGACGGAGAUGCUGCUGCAACACAGCAAUCGUCAGCUCCACCGCCACAGCAGCAGCAGCAACAACAGCCCGGGCAACCGCAACAACCUCAGCAGGUGCCAGUUCCUCCGUACGGAGUCCCACCGCACGGGGCAUACUAUACGGGGAUGGCGAUGCCGCCGCGGCCAGGGGCCCCACAUCCGGGCUUUCAUCAUCCCCAGUACGUUGGUGGGCCUCAGCAGAUACCCGUUGGACCAGGUGGCGCUCCGUAUCGACACAUAUAUCCCAUGCAACCAGGGGGCAUGGCACCCAAUGUGCAGGUAAGAGGGCCAGGUGGUCCGUACUACGGAGGCCCUGUCGCCCCAAUGCCAUAUCCACAUGGUGGCUACGUUGGACAUAACAUAAUGGACGAUGACCAAGGAUUUCGUGGUGGCCGUGGCGGAGGUAGAGGUGGCCAAGGGAGAGGUCGCGGUAGAGGACGAAGGAGUGGAAGAGGCGGCCGUGGCUACAACUCAUAUCAUCAGCAGCAUGGAGGAGGACGGCAUUCCGGGAACAAUAACCAGAACAGUCAGAACAUGCCAGCGGAAAAUUGGACUCCCGGGGAUGGCGGCGGUGCCGGUGCUCCACAGCAAGAUCCAUCCAUGGAUCAGGGUGGAAAAUCUGGAGACAAAUCAUCCGCAAAGCAAUGAAGACUAGAGGUGACGGCUAAUGCAUAGAAAUAGACUCGACUCGGAGCUCGCCACAGUAUGUCUUCCUCGAGUCAAAAUCCAAGCCUACGCGGAACGAGUUCGCCCUCGAGAGGGGCCAUCCUGCCAAGCCGGAUCCUUUGAGUUCGGACUUGAGGCUAGAGGUUUGACCAUCAAACGAAGACCUUGGACAACCGAGAGUGCCCUCCAACUUCUGAUGGCAACGUCGACACGUCGAUUUGCAGCGAGCGAACCAAGAAACCUCAUCUUUGGUGCCACAAUCUGUGGUAGAAUAGGGUAAAUAAAAUUAGAGAAACGAUUUGCCCUGAAUUAAUAAAAUCCCUUGCUGGCUGCUAGCCAGAAUUAUAAACGUUUCUUUUGUCUACG